GCUCUAUUAAGUGGAUAUAUGAAUGCACAGAAAUUGGUCGAAUAAUCUACCAGGGACUUAAACAGACUCAAGACAAAGCAACUACUUCGGGCCAGGCGAGUUUCAUUAUUCAGUGACCGUCUAUUCUCACCGGGGUUCAUCCACCUGAGUCACCUGUUGGAGCUGCUCUGCCUUCAGUCCAGGUUUUCAGAAUAACAAGACAAGCAAGAUCUUCAGUGAAGCCAUGGAGACGAGUGCUCCAAAUGGAUGUGGUUACAGCAUCAGCUCCAUAUAUUACAACCUGUGUGACCUGACUAAAGUGUGGGGGGUCGUGGUGGAGGCCGUUGCUGCUGCUGGUGUGGUGACUUCCUUUAUCCUCUUCGUCAUCCUCAUGGCCUCCUUACCGUUUGUGACGGACAAGAAGAGAAAGGGUAUGGUGGCCCUGCAGGCGGCCAUUCUGGUCUUCACUCUGGGACUCUUUGGACUCACUUUUGCCUUCAUCGUGGGCCGGUACUCCACCAGCUGUUCUGCACGCAGGUUCCUGUUUGGAGUUCUGUUCUCAGGCUGUCUAUCCUGCCUGGUGAUGCACGGGCUGUGGCUUGCCCUGCUGCAACGGAGAGGCCGGGGGCCCAGGAGUUGGAUGCUGUGUCUGGGAGCCCUGGGUCUGUGGCUGGUUGAGGUGAUCAUCAACACUGAGUGGCUUAUCCUUACUGUGGUCAGGAGCCCACCUGGAACUUUCACUGUCCCUGACAUGUCCUGCAGCAUUGCUAACCAGGACUUUGUGAUGUCACUAAUCUAUGUAAUGGUUCUGCUGCUAGCUGUGGUGCUGAUGGCUGUGCCCUCACUGACACACAAGCACAAGCAGUGGCACCGAGAUGGAGCUUUCAUCCUGGUCACGGGGCUCCUCACCCUGGCUAUCUGGGUAGCUUGGAUUGUCAUGUACGUCUAUGGGAACAGAGUGGUGGGGAAUCCCAGUUGGGAUGAUCCAACUCUGGCUGUAGCUGUGGUGUCAAACGCCUGGGUGUUCCUCUUCCUCUACACCAUCCCAGAAAUCUGCUUCCUGACCCAGGAGGACCCAGACCAGGAAGAACCCCAUGAUGGAGAACACAUCUAUCCUGCCAGGAGUCUGGUUUAUGACACGAUCCUUAAGGAGCCAGAGCCCCCCCAUCAGAACAUGUACAUGGAGAAUAAAGCUUUCUCUAUGGACGAGCCUCCAACAGCGCCCACAAAGCCAGUGUCUCCAUAUGGGGCUUACAACGGUCAGGUACGAAGUGCUGUGUACCAGCCCACUGAAAUAGCCCUGAUUGCAAAAGGUCUGACAAAGAUGGACCAAGAUGCUAUGAUCCCUCGAGCCACAGCCCCCUCUUUGAAUCCAGGAAGCGGCAGCUCGCUGCCUCUUUCAUCUGAGUCCUUACCAUCCUAAGGAUUGUCACACACAGGCGGACUGUCGAGAGCACAUUGCACACUCGGUUGUUACAGCUAUGAAAUAAAUCUCUACCAGGGGUUUGUUCUAGCAUCAGUUCCUAGUAGCAAAUGUAAUGUAUCCCGCUUUCUCUUCCUUAGGAAAAUGCUUUAAAUAAUAAGACGCUGUGGUGAAUCUCCAGCAAUAUGCAGUAAUAUGACCUAGCUCCUCUUACAGACCUCCUAAUUUUGCCUUAUAUUUUAUUUCCUCUGUUCACGCACUGCUUGUCUGUUCUGUAUGUACACAGGUUGAGUGGCAUAAAUAAAAGAUUACAAUGACUAGAGAUGGGCGGCUAAUGUUUUCAGAGCCAGUAUGAAAUUUUCCAUAUGGAAAAGUUGUGUCUCAGCUAGUCCAUUACAUUUCCAUUCUCACUAUAUGGAAACUAGUGCUUAAAACCUUCUACUGUCAACUGUUAACCAGCUUUGUUCACUUGUAGCUUCACUAACUGGACUCCUAUAAAAGACAAUCAUCCAAGAGAAAGAAUUGAAUGCACGUGUCUCUACAGGAAAGCCAUAACUUUGCCUUCUAGCUACAAGAAAGACCAAAAACUAUACAUUUUGUCUUAACUUUUUCAAAAUCUAAAUCCCAAAGCAACGAUACAUAUAAAACUAUAGGUUGUUGGUGGAGAAAGAGCAGACGAGGACCAGGUGCGGGGUGUUUAAAACCAGACUAGCCUUAGUUGUGUGCAGUGUAAAGUCAAUGUCUAUAAUUGACUAAAAGUUGGGCUUACAUUGAAACCAAUAUGAUUUUUUUCUGUCUUGUCAUAAUUCUGCUGCAUGUAAUUUGUUAAUCUGUCGACUAUUGCAUAACAUACUUUGUUCACUUGUGAAAUGAUGUUGAGAUUCAGACUUCCUCUGAAGCCAUAUGAUUGCUUUUGUAGAUUGUUGGAUUUAAAAAAUUAAAUUUUGUGUAAAGGUGUAAAUUAUAACUUAUUAAAGCUGAAAAGAUUCCUUAAAUCCUGUGAGGCUGUUGGGUCAUUGGAUUGUAACAGGUAGCAA